AUGCCGAAGGUGCGGGACCGGCGGACCUUCCACAGGCAUGCCGCCGAAGACCACUUGACUGCCGGGCUUGGGGCAGCAAAAUACAUAGAGCCACCCCUGCUGACGCGCGCCCCCGGCGGUCGUGAUCGCUGCGGGCCCGGGCUGGGCACGAGGAGCCGGCGGAGCGGGCGCGGCAAGCAGGAGCGGCACUACCAGCUCCUGUCCGAGCUGCAGGCGCUGUGUAAGGGCUGCCCAGUCCCCUGCCAGCAGCGCUUGUCUUACACCAUCCUCAGUGACCUGGCGCUGGCGCUCAUCGAUGGCACCGUCUUCGAGAUCGUCCAGGGCCUGCUGGAGAUCCAGCACCUGACGGAGAAAAACCUCUACAACCACGGUCUGAAGCUGCAGAGGAGCACGGUGCUCAAGCAAGAAAUGUUCCACAGACACAAGGAGGCCCAGCAGUCCUGCAAACCUCACAACCUGCCAGUUCUCAAAGCAGCUCAGCAGAGGGAGCUGGAGGCUGUGGAGCAGCGCAUUCGAGAGGAACAGCGACUGAUGGAUGAGAAAAUAGUCUUGGAACUGGACCAGAAAGUAGUGGACCAGCAGAGCACACUGGAGAAAGCUGGCGUGUCUGGAUUUUACAUCACCACAAACCCACAGGAGCUGACUUUACAGAUGAACUUGUUGGAGCUGAUACGGAAGUUGCAGCAGAAGGAAUCGCAGCCAGAGAAGGCUUUCUCUUGAGUAGGGCACAGCUCCUCUUUGUCCAGAAUCUCCCGCUGAACUUCACACUAAAGAACAGUCUACUUACAUCAUUUGCUUUGUAACAUCAAAGAGAAGCCACUGGUCACCAAGUGUAGAAGAAACAGCUGAAACUGUUAGAUUCCUGCGGGGGGGCAUGAAGAGCAGAGGAGACAAGUAGAGAGCAUUGUGCUCUUUCUGUUCCCUUCACCCCUCAGCACGGCAUCCAUUCUCAUUCCCCAGCUGUUCACUACCCAGCUCCUCAGGUACAACUGUUGAGGAGUAACUUGGGGUCUCUUAUUCAGAGACCCCAAGUUCUUUAGUGGCCAGUGCUGUGUCCAUCCAGCCCCGAGUCCACGCUCUUGGGUGAUGUGCUGUGUGGAAAACGUGCUCACAGGACCAGACACAGUUUCUGGGCACUUGGAGGGUAUGUGUAAGGCACAAGAUUUCUCAAGGAGAGCAGUAAUCCUCUUCCAUGGGCAGUGUUGACAUGGUUUUACCAACCCACCAGAGAGCAGACCAUGCUCGAUACGACCUUGGCACCAGUUAGUGCCCUGGGGUUGUUUUCAGUGCCCAGCUGAGUGGGUCCUUCUGGAGAGCAGGGAAAUGGCUGCCACAUCUUAGUGAUGUGCAUAUGUCUGAGUGGAUCAGUCUGGAUUAGUGAGCAGUAUUUGCUGCUCCAUCUCAAAUGCAGCCUUGCCUUGCUACUCAGAGGGGGAGCAUGUGUCACAGGUAAAGAACUGCAAAUGACGGGACAGUGUUUAACAGCUUCUGGUACCAAAGGCAGGAACUGGCCUUUUUAAAAGCAGACAUCUGGCUGGAGUUCACUUUCCUUCCCAAAGCAGCCCCUGGGCAGAUGACGACACAGGUUUCCCUUCAGUGUGAGCUGCCACUUCUCUUCUCCCACCUGAAGGAGAAAGCCAAGCCUGUGCCUGCCCACUCUGGGGCUGCGAAGGCAGCUGUGCACUUUGUCUGAGAGGAGCCUGAGCCUGUCAGGGGGAUGCUAAGGGUUAUGUUACUGUGUGCUACUUGAAAAUGCCGGCCGCAGAAUGUUUAGAAAUAAAUAAUUCAUCUGCAAUUCA